GACACUGGGCAUCUCUGAGCAAUCUGGUGGCAUCCCUGCUCAAUUCAAUGAAAUCCAUCGCAUCCUUGCUGCUUCUCCUCUUCCUCUUCAUCAUUAUCUUCUCCCUGCUUGGCAUGCAGCUGUUUGGGGGCAAGUUCAACUUCGACCAGACCCACACCAAGCGAAGCACCUUUGACACGUUCCCCCAGGCCCUCCUCACUGUCUUUCAGAUCCUGACAGGUGAGGACUGGAACGUGGUCAUGUAUGAUGGUAUCAUGGCAUACGGUGGUCCCUUCUUCCCAGGAAUGCUGGUGUGCAUCUAUUUCAUCAUUCUCUUCAUCUGUGGCAACUACAUCCUGUUGAACGUGUUUCUUGCCAUUGCUGUGGACAACCUGGCCAGUGGAGAUGCAGGCACUGCCAAGGACAAGGGCGGGGAGAAGAGCAGUGACAAGGACCUCCCACCGGAGGAUGAAGGCCUGGUGCCUGGUGUGGAGAAAGAGGAAGAGGAGGGUACAAGGAGGGAAGGAGCAGACAUGGAGGAGGAGGAGGAAGAAGAAGAGGAAGAAGAGGAAGAAGGUGCAGGCGGUGUGGAACUCCUGCAGGAAGUUGUACCCAAGGAGAAGGUGGUACCCAUCCCUGAGGGCAGCGCCUUCUUCUGCCUCAGCCAAACCAAUCCGCUGAGGAAGGGCUGCCACACCCUCAUCCACCAUCAUGUCUUCACCAAUCUUAUCCUGGUGUUCAUCAUCCUCAGCAGUGUGUCCCUGGCCGCUGAGGACCCCAUCCGAGCCCACUCCUUCCGCAACCACAUUCUGGGUUACUUCGAUUAUGCCUUCACCUCCAUUUUCACUGUGGAGAUUCUACUAAAGAUGACAGUGUUUGGGGCCUUCCUGCACCGCGGCUCCUUCUGCCGUAGCUGGUUUAAUAUGUUGGAUCUGCUGGUGGUCAGUGUGUCCCUCAUCUCCUUUGGCAUCCACUCCAGCGCCAUCUCAGUGGUGAAGAUUCUGCGAGUACUGCGAGUACUACGGCCCCUUCGAGCCAUCAACAGGGCCAAGGGACUCAAGCAUGUGGUGCAGUGUGUAUUUGUGGCCAUCCGGACCAUCGGGAACAUCAUGAUUGUCACCACACUACUGCAAUUUAUGUUCGCCUGCAUCGGGGUGCAGCUCUUCAAGGGGAAAUUCUACACCUGCACGGAUGAGGCCAAACACACCCCUCAAGAAUGCAA